ACUUGCCUUCAGCAAACUUAAGCAAUUACAACAUCACUGUGGUGGAAGGAAAGAGCAUCACACUGUACUGUGAUACUACUGGCGGGCCACCCCCUAAUGUUUCCUGGGUGCUUACUAAUCUUGUUUCAAACCACGAGAGCGACACGAGUAAGAACCCUGCCUCGCUAACGAUAAAGAAUGUUUCCUCCAUGGACAGCGGACUGUGGAUAUCCUGCGUAGCAGAGAACAUUGUGGGAGAGGACCAGGCCUCUGCUGAGCUCACGGUAUUCUUUGCACCAAAUAUCACGUUUAUUGAAUCUCCAACCCCGGAUCACCACUGGUGUAUUCCAUUCACUGUGAAAGGGAACCCUAAGCCCACAUUGCAGUGGUUCUAUGAAGGGGCUAUACUGAAUGAGUCUGAAUACAUCUGUACUAAAAUACAUGUUAUCAAUCAAAGUGAAUACCAUGGCUGCCUUCAGCUGGACAAUCCUACCCACCUGAAUAAUGGUGCUUACACCUUACUGGCAAAGAAUGAGUAUGGAGAGGACGAAAAACGGGUUGAUGCUCAUUUCAUGUCAGUGCCUGGAGAUGGUAGUGGCCCAAUUGUGGAUCCAGACGUUUAUGAGUAUGAAACCACGCCUAAUGAUCUUGGGGACACCACAAAUAACAGUAAUCAAAUAACUUCUACGGAUGUUUCCAACAAAGAGAAUGAAGAUAGCAUCACUGUGUAUGUUGUGGUGGGAAUUGCAGCACUGGUGUGCACUGGCUUAGUAAUAAUGCUCAUUAUUCUGAAGUUUGGAAGACACUCUAAGUUUGGGAUGAAAGGUAAGCAGGGCUGUUUUUUAUACCUUCCAGAACUGUUGUGGGUUGUAUGA